AUGAAUCCACAUAAACUCCAUUACCUUUUCUUCUGCACAUUAUUGUGUUCAAUAGUUUCAGGAAGCAUAAAAGCUCAGAUUUUUAAUGAACGAGCUUCUCUCCUCACGUUCCUUUCCGGGAUCACUUCCGAUCCCGGGAACGUUUUUCAGAGCUGGAACAGCUCUAUGAUUCCGGUAUGUAACUGGACCGGAAUCACAUGCAACAGGAAUCGUGAUUUUGUUCUCGAGUUAGAUCUCAGCGGAUCUUCGCUCCACGGAAAUAUAUCUCCCGCCAUUUCUGAACUUUCACAAUUAACGGUUUUGGAUCUUUCCAGAAAUUUCUUCGAGGGUGGCAUUCCGGGAGAAAUCGGGUAUCUUUCCGAGCUCAACCAAUUAAGUUUAUCGUCCAAUCUUUUACAUGGGAGUAUCCCGCUCGAAUUAGGAUUUCUUUCUAAGAUACAAUAUCUUGAUUUGGGAAGCAAUAUGCUCGUUGGAGACAUUCCAAUGGCGCUUUUUUGUAACGGGACAUCGGUCUUAGAGUAUGUUGAUAUAUCGAAUAAUUCGAUUAGUGGUCCGAUUCCAUUGACCGAAGAAUGUGAAAUCCAAGAGCUACGGUUUCUUUUGGUUUGGUCGAAUAAGCUUACGGGAAGGGUCCCAAGAGCCUUAGCGAAUUCUUCAAAGCUUAAAUGGUUGGAUUUGGAGGUGAAUGGUUUCGAAGGGGAGUUACCAUUUGAGAUUGUGAAGAAUUUAUCAAACUUGCAGUUUGUUUAUUUAUCUUACAACCGUUUUUCGGGCCCACUCGAGCCAUUCUUUUCGGCUUUAAGUAACUCCCCAUAUUUACAAGAACUCGAGUUAGCGGGAAACAGACUUUUUGGAAAGAUUCCCGAUGUUAUCGGGAAUCUUCCGAAGAGUUUGGUCCAGUUGCAACUUGAUGACAAUCAGAUAUCCGGAGAGAUACCUCCGGAUAUCAAUAACCUUCUGAAUCUCACCCUUCUCAACUUGUCUAGAAACCUCUUAACAGGAAAGAUCCCGCAUGAACUAUGCCUAAUGGAGAAUCUCGAACGGCUUUACUUAUCAGAUAAUUUGCUCUCCGGUGAAAUCCCAUCAGCUUUUGGGAAUGUUUCGCGAUUGGGUCUUCUUGAUUUGUCAAAAAACCGACUGUCGAACUCGAUUCCCGACACUUUCUCGAAUCUGUCGCAAUUACGGAGUUUGUUGCUUAACAACAACAGGCUCGUGGGAACAAUUCCCUCAAGCCUGGCACAAUGCGUAAAUUUGGAGAUUCUUGAUCUUUCGUAUAAUCAAAUUUCUGGUUUGAUUCCGAGCGAUUUUGCAAGAUUGAACAGCUUGAAAUUGUACCUAAACAUCUCACACAAUCACCUGAAUGGACCUCUACCACCGGAGCUCAGCAAGAUGGACAUGGUUCUUGCCAUGGAUUUAUCAUCAAACAACUUUUCCGGUGAGAUUCCAUCACAGCUUGGAAGCUGCAUUGCGCUCGAACACCUCAAUCUCUCCGGGAAUGCACUCGAAGGCCCUCUUCCCGAUUCAAUCGGGAAGUUGCCAUUUCUUGAAACAUUUGAUGUUUCAUUGAACAGAUUGUCUGGAAAGAUACCAGUAUCUUUCCAGACAUCUUCAAAGUUGAGACAGGGCUCUGUAGUGGUGGGAUCGAAGGGAUGCCAAAUUGCAAGAACAAGCAGAAAAAACACUCGAUUCAGCUGUGGGUUUUGCUUACCCUACUUGCCCCGGAAAAUUGGGUAUGAAGAGAACGACGAAGAGGAAAGAAAUGAACAGAACUACCCAAAGAUCUCUCAUCAAGAACUCAUGGCAGCAACAAAUGGAUUCAGCAGAUCGAAUCUAAUCGGAACAGGCCAAUUUGGGCAAGUAUACAAGGGAAUUCUUAAAGACAACACGAAGAUCGCGGUGAAAGUUAUAUCUUAUACAAAAACCGAGGAAAGCUCUGGGAGUUUCAAGAGGGAAUGUGAAGUUUUGAAGAAUACCCGACAUAGGAAUCUAAUACGGAUCAAAACGAUCUGUAGCAGACCUGAUUUCAAGGCUCUCGUUCUGCCUUUGAUGCAGAACGGGAGCCUUGAGGACCAUUUGUAUCCAAAUGAUGGUCUAAGCCGUGUGAAUUUGGUACAAAUGGUUCGCAUUUUAAGCGAUGUGGCUGAAGGGUUAGCCUAUUUGCAUAACUAUGCUCCUGUUAAGGUGGCUCACUGUGAUCUCAAACCAAGCAACAUUCUUCUCGAUGAUGACAUGAACGCUAUAGUUUCAGAUUUUGGGAUUGCUAAAUUGGUGAAAGAGGAUCACGAGAAGAUCCCGAUGGCAGUUGGUGAGCCCCCUUCGGUUAGCUCGACCGAUGGACUGCUUUGUGGGUCAAUCGGUUACAUUGCUCCCGAAUACGGUAUGGGUAGGCGAGCAUCAACACAAGGAGACGUCUACAGUUUCGGGGUCUUGUUGUUGGAGAUGAUGACAAGAAAACGACCUACUGAUGUGGUUUUUGAUGAUGGUUCAAGCCUGCAUGAGUGGGUGAAGAGUCACUACCCAGACAGGCUUGAACCCAUUAUAAAAGAAGCUCUUUUGGCCUACGGACCAAUGUCAUGCAGUAGUAAACUACUACACGACAUGAUCUUGGAGCUGAUCGAGCUUGGGUUGAUAUGCACACAAUACAACCCCUCGACUCGACCGACCAUGGUGGAUGUGGCUCACGAGAUGGCUACAUGGAAAGAAUACUUAUUUAGGCCUUCGGAUCUAUCGACUGAGUGA